AUGGCUACUUCAAGGACAUCAUUAGGUUUGGCGAGGCACUUGAAGUCUCGUAUACGGCUCAAUGGCUUGAAUUGCUCGCUUUGCAGGGGUCUUGCAACCGCCGCAGCGGACUCCCUCACAUUGCCGUUGGCGGGUAUUCGGGUUCUGGACAUGACUAGAGUCCUGGCGGGCCCAUAUUGCACGCAAAUACUUGGAGACCUCGGGGCAGAAGUCAUAAAGAUUGAGCAUCCUAUCCGAGGCGAUGACACUCGAGCAUGGGGUCCUCCAUACGCAAAACAUAUUAGAGGGGACAAGCAAGAUAGUCCUGGAGAGAGCGCUUAUUUCUUAUCGGUAAAUCGGAACAAGAAGUCUGUUGGACUUUCUUUCGCCUCUCCGUCUGGCGUCUCGAUUCUGCAUAAGCUAGUGAAAGACUGCGAUGUACUCGUAGAGAAUUAUCUGCCCGAUGCCUUGCAGAAAUAUCAGAUGGACUAUUCCACGCUAUCGAAGAUCAACCCAUCUCUUAUCUACGCCAGUAUUACAGGUUACGGCCAGACUGGCCCCUAUCGCAAACGCGCCGGCUACGAUGUGAUGGUUGAAGCGGAAAUGGGCUUGAUGCACAUUACUGGCGCUCGAGAUGGACCGCCUGUGAAAGUGGGAGUAGCUGUUACUGACUUGACCACGGGUUUGUACACCUCGAAUUCGAUAAUGGCAGCCUUACUUGGGCGAAUGAGGACAGGGAAAGGCCAGCACAUCGACGUAGCGUUAAGUGAUUGCCAAGUGGCGACUUUGGCCAACAUGGCAAGUUCAGCAUUAAUCAGCGGUCAGCCGGACUCAGGGCGGUGGGGAACAGCCCAUCCCUCUAUUGUGCCAUACAAAGGUUUCAAGACCGCCGACGGAGACAUUCUGCUCGGUGGGGGCAACGACCGUCUUUUUGGGGUGCUAUGCGAUAAAUUAGGCAAGCCCGGAUGGCCAAAAGAUGAGAGAUUCAACACCAACAGCGCGCGUGUGAAGAAUCGAGAGACACUGGAAGCGAUGAUCGAAUCGGAGACGACGAAGAAGACUACGGCAGAGUGGCUGCAGGUACUAGAUGAAAGCGGUAUGCCCUAUGCGGCUGUGAAUGAUAUCCAGGGGACUAUGAAUCAUGAGCACGUGCUAGCCCGCGACAUGGUCAAAGAAAUCGAGCAUCCCACCUGCGGUCCGAUGAAACUCGUAAACACACCAGUGAAGUACUCCUACUCGGAGCCGAGUAUACGGACACCGCCACCCCUACUAGGCCAGCACACCGAGGAAAUACUCAGAGACAUCGUGAACAUGGACGAGAGUGAGAUCAAGGAUUUGAAGGCAGAGGGCGUCGUUGCUUAG